AUGGACACUCAACAUCACCGUUUAGGCCCUAACCACAUGCUCUUGCCAAUAAACAGACCCCUUAAACCAGCAGAAAAUACACAGAGAGACGGCCUAAACCAAUUUGGAGAGAAUGGGGGAGAUUCUCCCAAUUACUACCCAAACUCUUUUAGAGGGCCUGAACCUACUGGGAAGGCUGCUCAAGAAAGCCAGUUUGUUUUAGAGAAGGAAUUAGUUGCGAGGUUUGAAAGUGGCGAUGAUGAUAAUUAUUCACAACCUGCGGAUAUGUGGAAAAAUGUAAAAAGAAUAAGUCUUAUGGGGGUUUGA